GCGUGCGCCUGCUCCUCCACCCCGGCCCUGACCUGGCCCGGCCGGGAGCCCUGGCCAUUCCUAACUGACCGUGGAGUGUCUCCUAGGGCAGUCGGCGGGCGAGAAUCUGUGUUGACCUUCCCUAGGGCCUGGACUGCCAAGGGUAGCUGGCGCCCAGGUCGUGGUUCCCCGACCCCAUCCCACCCGUCCACUACCCCAGCCGUUCUGACCCUAGCGGGGGCUUUUUAGAAACUGAUGCCUCAGAGCAAACUGUAUGGAAAGCGGAUUUUCCCUGUUCCUUCAGUCAGUGGUUUAAGCAUGUCAUGGCAUUUUUGCUUAAAUCAAUAUCGUGGUUAAAAGCACGGGGUUUACAUUGCGGCUUAGCCGGUUGUUGUCUGUGCAGAAUGGGGAUAACAGUUUAUAGAACUCUGGAGGGAAAUUAAUGAGUUGUACCUGUCAAAUGCGCUGUUGGUGAUCGCUGCUCUUCUGUACCGGAUGGCUCUGACCAGCAGGCGGCACUGGUGACGGAAUGUGAGUCAAGGGCCAUAUAUGUUUUCUGCAACCUUCAGAACAGACCAUGAAGUUGAAGGAACUUGAGAGGCCAGCCGUCCAGACAUGGAGCCCAGCCAGCCAGUACCCUGUGUAUCUGGCCACAGGAACAUCUGCCCAGCAACUAGAUGCUUCGUUUAGCACAAAUGCCACACUGGAAAUAUUUGAGGUUGAUUUCAGGGACUCUUCUCUGGACUUGAAACACAAAGGAAGUCUUUCUGUCUCAAGCAGGUUUCACAAGCUAAUCUGGGGAAGCUUUGGCAAUGGGCUUCUGGAAAACUCUGGGGUUAUUGCUGGUGGUGGAGACAAUGGCAUGCUUACUUUGUACAAUGUGACCCACAUCCUUUCUUCAGGAAAGGAGCCCUUGAUUGCCCAGAGACAGAAACACACAGGGGCCGUCAGGGCCUUGGACUUUAAUCCUUUCCAGGGCAAUCUCCUGGCUUCAGGAGCCAGUGAUUCUGAAAUCUUCAUUUGGGAUUUGAACAACCUGAGUGUUCCAAUGACCCCUGGAUCCAAGUCACAGACACCCCCAGAAGACAUCAAAGCACUGUCUUGGAACCGCCAAGUCCAGCACAUCCUGUCUUCUGCUCACCCCAGUGGCAAGGCAGUUGUGUGGGAUCUCAGGAAGAAUGAGCCCAUCAUCAAAGUCAGUGACCACAGCAGCAGGAUGAACUGCUCAGGCCUGGCUUGGCACCCGGACAUAGCCACCCAGUUAGUGUUGUGCUCAGAAGAUGACCGGCUCCCGGUGAUCCAGCUGUGGGACCUGCGCUUUGCUUCCUCACCCCUGAUGGUGUUGGAGAACCACAGCAGGGGGAUCUUGUCAAUGUCAUGGAGCCAGGCUGAUGCUGAACUACUGCUUAGCAGUGCCAAAGACAACCAGAUCUUUUGUUGGAACCUGGCAAGCAGUGAGGUGGUUUACAAGCUGCCCACACAGAACAGCUGGUGCUUUGAUGUUCAGUGGUGCCCUCGGAACCCUCCUGUCUUCUCUGCCGUCUCCUCCGAUGGCUGGAUCAGUUUGUACUCUGUGAUGGGUAGGAGCUGGGAGGUCCAGCACGUGAGGCAGGCCGACAAGAUCUCCUCUUCUUUCAGCAAGGGGCACCCUCUCCCACUGCUGCAGGUGCCUGAGCAGGCGGCUCCAGCGUCACUAAUCCCGCCCUUGAAGAAGGCCCCCAGGUGGAUGAGAAGGCCAGCAGGCGUUUCGUUUGCUUUUGGGGGAAAGCUGGUUACCUUUGGCCUUCCCAGCAUCCCUGUCCAUCAGAUGCCCCAGCCUUGCCCCCGCCUUGUCUACCUCAGUCAAGUCGUCACAGACUCAGACGUCCUGGCACGGUCUGCUGUGCUGCAGGAGGCCUUGGGAUCCGGAAAUCUCCUGAAUUAUUGUCAGAGCAAGAUUCAGCAAGCUUCACUGCCAUGUGAAAAGAUGCUCUGGCAGUUCCUGAAGGUGACCUUAGAGCGUGACUCUAGGCUGCAAUUCCUCAGGCUGUUAGGGUUCAGCAAAGAUGAGUUCCAGAAGAAGGUGGACACAUGCUUGAAGAAGGACUUGAAGUUAGGGGGAAGCCCUCGACUUGAGGCAGUUGACCUCAAAAGUGAGAGACCACACCCCUUUUGCCACCAGUCACAUCUGUCCUUCUGUGGACAGGCCUCCAAACACACCACUGAGGAAGCCUCUGCAUCCUCGGCCUUCUUUGAUGAGCUGGUUCCUCAGAACAUGACUCCAUGGGAGAUCCCCACCACAGAAGACACUGAUGGACUCCUGAGUCAGGCCCUGCUGCUGGGGGAGCUGCGGCCUGCUGUGGAGCUGUGUCUGAGGGAAGAGCGCUUUGCUGAUGCCAUCAUCCUGGCUCAGGCUGGGGGUGCGGAGCUGCUGAGGUGGACACAAGAACAUUACUUGGCCAAGAGGAGAACCAAAAUCUCUCCGCUUCUAGCCUGUGUUGUAAAGAAGAAUUGGAAAGACCUAGUAUGUGCCUGCAGCCUGAAGAACUGGAGAGAGGCACUGGCUUUGCUGCUGACAUAUUCAGAGCCAGAGAAGUUCCCUGAGCUCUGUGACGUGCUGGGAACUCGGCUGGAGCAGGAGGGAGGCAGGGCACUCACUUCUGAGGCCAGACUCUGCUUUGUGUGCUCAGGAAGUGUGGAUCGGCUGGUGGAAAGCUGGGCAAAAUGCCAGCCAGCCUCGUGCCCCGUGGCUCUGCAGGACCUGAUGGAGAAGGUGAUGGUCCUUAGCAGGAGCUUGGAACUACUGCAGGGUUCUGACAAGAUGAGCCCAGGUCCUGCCACAGUCUACAGGCUCACCCAGUACGCCAAUCUCCUGGCAGCCCAGGGCAGCCUGGCCAUUGCCAUGAGCUUCCUACCCAGUGACUGCAUCCAGCCAGCGGUUCAGCAGCUGAGAGAUCGGCUUUUUCACGCCCAAGGUUCCGCCGUCUUGGGCCAACAGGCUCCCCCUUUUCCUUUUCCCCGGGUUGCUGUAGGAACUGCCCUCCACCCCAAAGAGAAGUUAUCCUACAGAAUGGGAUCCCAGCCUCCUGACCAGGUCCCAGCUCCAUCUGCAAGGCCAAGGGCCACAGCUCAGCCAUCAUUAGUGAUGCCCUUCAUACCCUCCCAGCCCAGCCCUUCUCAGGGCUCACAGACACAGUCUACAGGUGACUACAGGGUACCUGGGCCCCAGGCAACCCUGCCUCUGCAUUUGGGCCCUGCUUUACCUCAGCCGCAGCUCUUAGGACAGAGUGCUCGCGCUGCAAACCCGGUUGGCUUCUCUGGAACAUGGCCUCUUCCCGGUCCCUGUCCACCCACGGCAUCCCCAGACGCCAUGCAGCCUGGCUGUCCCCUGCUGCCUCAGACUCCCAGGCUGCUCCCUCUGGCUCCUAUGGGACCACCAGGUCCCAACCCUCUGAGCUCCCCGCCCUCAGGCUCUCCUGUCACUUUUCCUGUGGCUGGCCCUCCUGGAGGGCCAGGGGCUCCAUGCUCCAGGACCCUCCCAAGCACUGGCAUCUGGACUCCCCAUCCAGGACCCCAGGAUGCCUGGCAAGCUGCUCCAGCCACUUGGGAAACGCUCCCGAGGAGAAAGCUGCCAGAGACAUUUAUACCUCCAGCACCGAUCACAGCUCCAGUUAUGAGCCUCGGCCCUGAGCCAGGACAGACCCUGCCGCCACAGCCCCAAGUCUCUAGUGUGAGCUGGUCUCCUCCCGGAGCCCCAAGAGAAGGCAGCCUGCAGGUGACCAGAACACAACUGCAGCAGCUGCCUCCUGAGAAGCCGGGAAGGAAGGAGCUGCCCCCAGAACAUCAGUGCCUGAAGGACAGCUUCGAGGCACUUCUCCAGCGCUGUUCUCUGUCUGCCACUGACCUAAAAACAAAAAGGAAGCUGGAGGAGGCGGCCCAACGUCUAGAAUGUCUAUAUGAAAAACUUUGUGAGGGGUCGCUCUCACCCCACGUCCUGGCUGGGCUCCACCAAGUUGCCCGAUGUGUGGAUGCAGGCGGCUUUGAGCAGGGCCUUGCGGUGCAUGCCCAGGUGGCGGCCUGCAGCAGCUUCAGCGAGGUGUCCAGCUUCAUGCCUGUCCUGAAGGCUGUCCUCACCAUCGCUCACAAGCUGCAGGGCUAAGCCGGGCAGCCUCUUCCUCCAGGAGGCCUUUCUGAUGUCGCUCACCUCCGCGUGCAGAGCGGGAGGUUUUCAAUAGGUUGUGUUUAUUUCUCCCAGUAUUUCCCCUUGCUGCCGGCUAGGCAUGCUGGGGCUUGGCUCCACACCGGCUGAGUGCCUGUUUCCUCCCUCUUUGUGCCUGCCCACCUGGGCUUUCCUAGGGUGCUUUCAGCCUGGGAGGUGGAGCGCAGAGUCCGGUCUUCCUUUCCCUAAGCUGGAAGUCCUACAGGGUCUGCACCAGAAUGUCUCACCCAGAGAUAUUCUGUUCAGACGGUUCAGAGAGGGUCAAGAGUCUGUCAUCGGUUCAGUCUGCCUCUGCCAUGACUCAUCUUGUGAGUCUUGUUCUUUCUCUUCUGGAGCUGGAGUCCAACUGUCCUGUCCCCCCUGCCUCUGUCUUCAUAUUUUAAGGUCAAUUUUAUUGUAGCCCCAGGGAGUUGGUUGAUGGCCACUUUUUCAACAAGUCAUGGACAUGAGGAUUGGGUGUGGGUGUUGAGCAAAAUCAAGAGAGGAAACUGGACCUUUAAAAAAUGAAAACUUCUCAUGUAUUAGCAUUACUCAGGGUGGGCUGUACCUCAUGUGUUAGCAUUACUCAGGGCGGGCUGUAUCUCGUGUGUUAGCAUUACUCAGGGCGGGCUGUAUCUCGUGUGUUAGCAUUACUCAGGGCGGGCUGUAUUAGGUGGCCAGUGGAAGAAUGAAGUGCCUUUGUUUAGAGUAUGAGGUAGAAGCCUGUAGAGCAGCAGUUCUCAACCUGUGGGUCAUGACCCCUUUGGGGGGUCAAACAAACCUUUCACAAGGAUCGCCUAAGACAUGGGAAAACACAGAUAUUUAUAUUACAAUCCAUAACAGUAGCAAAAUUGCAGUUAUAAAGUAGCAAUGACAUAAUUUUGUGGCUGGGGGUCACACUGAGGAACUCUAUUAAAGGGUCACAGCAUUAGGAAGGUUAAGAACACUGCUGUAGAGAAUGACCUUUGACACUGCCCACCCAGGCUUGAGCCUGGCCCUAGGCCUUACACUAUCCAGUCUGCGAUUUUUAAGCCCGACUCUGGAAUCAGAGCCCGGCUUCUCAUGGAUCCAGGGCCCUUCUUUCCCUCAGCUGCCUAUGUCUCUGAACUGCUUUCUCUGGCUGUAUUUCCAUGCUGACCUCUUAAACAGUGCAAUAAAGUGACUUGCUUUCCAAA